GUCAAGGUGACCCGGACCAUCACGGCAGCCCCGAGCUCGCCGGGGGCACACGACGAGGCGCGAAAUCCAAGAGACACCGAGACCGAUGAUAGCUGGAGAUCGGGUGAUGUGCCCGCGCAUCGUCAGACCGACGUGUACCUCAUCCAUGAAGUAUGUUGGCACCGUCUACUGGAGCAUUUCGGCCCCGACGAAUUACACCUAGGAAGUCUUUUCGAGGCAUUGGAGCUGUCACCGUAUACGCCGGGGCAUUCUCACUGCGCAUUUACGCCAGAUUCCCACCCCUCCUUCUGGUCAACUUUUGAAGAUCAAGAGAUUCGGCGUGAGGGCCGGUUCGGACUGCCCGCGCUGGAAGAGCUCAUGCGCUUCCCGACAGACCCCCCUCUGCCUGCUCCGUAUAUCACAAAACGGCGGCGCGCCUCCCACCGACGUCGAACGGGCAGGGAUGGCUUUCAGUGUCUGCCCCUGGAGAUCAUCGAAGCGAUUGCAAUCUUGCUGCCGACACGGGAUGUUUUGCAUCUCCGUUGCGCGUCACGCGGAUUUGUAGGCAUUUUCUCCAGCCGCGCGUUUUGGAAAACGAGAUUUGAGAUCAAUGGAGAACGGGGAUUCCUGCUGCCCGUCCUCCGCAACUACUUUGAGAGGAAACGGAGGAGGAGGGGGCAGGAAGAGGAGGGGAGAUCGACUGGAGGCUGCUCUACCACUGCACCUGUAAGCUGGGCUGUGCUUGGGGGUUUCGCUUGGAGAUUGGGACGUGGGAGGCGUUGCGCUGGGUUCGCGACACAGCUUUGGCGCUGCAUUCCGGGCGGCCUCGCCCACUCGACUUCCGCGGCAUGGGUCUCCAUCACUAUGAUAAUACCCUCGUGCGGGGUACGUACCGGGAGGUUGUCGAAAUCCACGCUCCGGUAUGCCAGGUUGCGGUCUCCGUGUUGCAGGAGACCGCUGGGCCUUCCGUCACUGGAUUGGAGUUCUUUUUCAAGGAUGGAUCCAGAGCUAUGCUGGGCUACUCAUGUCCUGAAGCAAGGGAGAUCCAUGGGGAGACGCAGUGGAAACAGGUGGGCAUGCCUAAUCCGUACUUUUAUCCCGGGAUUCGCGUAACCAUCGACAUUGAAAAUUUCCAUGGAUUAUCCGUACGCAACCAUGUAGCUGGUGGUGUGGCCGGCGUUCUAAUCUUGCCCGGGAUGGGGGACAGUGUAGGCUAUUUGGAUACCAUAGAGCGCUUCUCAGUGGGCGAUUAUAAUUUAUCGCCCCAGCCAUACUACCCUGCCUACAGCUGUCUUGAUGAAGUAUACCAAGUCACUGCCGUUUCUGAUCAUCGAAAGAUCAUUGAAUUAGGAGUGCUGGGGAGAGGGCGAAGACGCCUUGAUCAGAUAUCCGAAGAUAAAUGGCAGGAAGUAGCGAAAUGCCUCAAAGGAGUGGGUUUGAUACCAGCGCACUGGAACUUGA